UUUUCUUGAUUUUAAAUUAAACAUGACUUCGGACGAGGCGUGGACCGAGCUGCAAACAGAACAAAACGAUCCCGAAUGUUCACUUGAAAUUUGCCGCCUAUGUAUGGGCACAGAAUCUCUGGAGAACUUGUUCGAGGGGGAUGGCCUCCAACGAUGGAUAACGGAUUAUUUGUCAAUUGUGGUAUCCAGCGCGGAUAGCGUAAGCCAUGCAAUCUGCACCAUUUGCCGAAUACAGCUGGACGAGUUCCACCAGUUUCGGAUACGUUGCAUGGAAGUGCAAACCGCAUUGUGGUCAAUGGCUCAGACUGGAAAGAUCGUGGAAUCUCCGAAACAUUCUCGUCUUAGCUGUAGCUCAAGGCAACAACGAAAUAUGCCCAUCGAAGGGGUGCUAGAAAGGGAUGGCCAAUAUCAUUGUGGGACAUGUGGGAAGGUGUUCGAUGACAGAAAACGGGUAUUGGAUCACAUGAGGAUCCAUGUCCCGAAGAAGCACCGGUGUAUGCAAUGCGGGCAGUCGUUUCCGAUAUGUUUAAACUUGGAGAGUCAUACAUGCGAUGAACUUGAAGAGGAGUCCAUACAGAUGGAGCACGAAACGUUUGAUCUCCAGGCUAUAAAAAUUGAACCACUCGGAGAAAUCGAUUCAAUAGCUGAGUCAGCACGCUCGGAACAUCUGCUGAAACAGGAAACUGCCUUCGAAGAAGAAGGUUCGUCGUAUGCCGAAGAGCAACAGGAAAGUCGAAGAGUAAAUCACAUCGAAGAAGCAACGACUGACAGGAUUGAGAUUGGACUUGUAAAAAUUGAAGAACCUGCUGAUGACGAUAUGGAGGAGAGUGCAGUGUUGCUAAAUACUGAGCUUGAAACAAAUGCUGAUCAGUGA